CUGAUCCUUUGGGAGACUGCUUAUUCCCUGUUGUCUUUCAUCUCUCUCUUUCUCUUGUCUUCUUUACUUUUGAGAAUAAUUCUUGUGAUAACAAUGAGUUUCUACAACAGUUUAUCAUCAACAUCAAAUAGUGGUGUAUUACUUGAAAUUUCUCUUAGUGAAAUACUCCUUGCGAUCAAACCAUCAGAAGACGAUGUAACAGCACGAACGCAAAUCAUUAAUGAGCUCAAAGCUACUGUGGGAGGUAUGCGAAGUAAAAAUCUAAGAGAUGCAAGUGUCGAACUAUUCGGGUCAUUCGUUUCUAAUCUCUAUACGAGAUGGGGAGAUUUGGAUAUUUCUGUCCAAUUACCUGACGAUCAAGUUUAUCUUUCAACUGCACUUAGAGACAUCAAGGGGGCCUUGCAGAGAAGAGGUAUUUUUCACAUUGUUGACUUUAUUCCGGGAGCAAGAGUUCCUAUUCUUGCAGUUGCAAGUAACCGCAACAAUAUUCAUUGUGACAUAUCAAUCAACAACUGGAAGGGCCUAAUUAACUCAAAAUUCCUCUCAUGGAUUACUCAAAUAGACGGACGUUUCCGGGAUAUGGUUCUACUGAUCAAGGAAUGGGCUAAGUCACGUAAUAUCAAUAGCCCCAAAGAUGGAACCUUGAAUUCGUACUCCCUUUCUUUGCUGGUUAUUUUCCAUUUUCAGACAUGUGAACCUGCAAUCUUUCCUCCACUUAAGGAAAUCUAUGCCGGGAAUAUUGUGAAGGAUUUUAGAGGUGGGAGAUUAACUGUUACUGAGGAAAGAAACAUCCAUGAAACAUGCAAUUCAAACAUUGAAAGAUUCAGACGGAACUUAACAAAUGUGAACAAGAGCUCCGUGUCUGAGCUCUUUGUUUCAUUUUUUCAGAAGUUCUCCACAAUCAAGACGAUGGCAUCAGACAGGGUUAUUUGCACUUAUUCGGGGCAGUGGGAACCAAAGCGAAACUAUUUUCGAAGAUCAACUCCUAUACUUAUUGAAGAUCCGAUCGAUAGACCCGAAAACGCUGCACGGGCUGUUAUGUACACGAGUCAUCUAGACAAGAUAUCUGAAGCAUGUGAGGGAACCUACCAAAAGCUUCUUUCAGUUGGCUGUGAUAAAACUUCUCUAAUUUCUAGUCUAGUGAGCCGUGAAGUCAGCUCGAAAAUCUUAAUAUGACCGAUUAUUACUUUUACCUAGCUAGAGAACUGUUAAGAAGCGUUUAUGAUAUGUAUUUUUCCAAGAAUGACGUGAUACAUGUGUAUCUGCGCACGCAUUGGUUUAGCAUGGAAAUGACAGGAAAAUAAUGAGAGAGUUUCACAAAGUA